ACGAUUCUAGGGGGCAGGGCGGGGCAGCGUCUCUCUAUCUGGGCCAUUGGCCGUGGGAGCCAUGAUCCUACACCAGGCUUCUGCCCAUCCCCGCCCCCCUCCCCACCCUUAUCUCCACUCCCCAGCCCCGGUGCUCUCCUGUACCAGCGCUGACUGAGCCCGGCCUCCCUGCUGUUCUAGCCCCCGGCUGCUCCGCCAUCUUCACCCCCCUCUCGGGUCGGUUUUGUCUGCAAACGCAGCCGAGAUGCCGCUGGAAGGGGAGCCCAGCAGCCUGGCUAAAGUCGCUCAGCUCUUCAUCCUGUCUCUGGCCUGGGGGAUGCAGAUAUGGGUCACCUUCAUCUCAGGGUUUGUGCUGAUCCGGAGCGUGAGCCGACACACCUUCGGCCUCGUCCAGAGCAAGCUCUUCCCCUUCUACUUCUACACCCUGGUGGCCUGCGCCUUCCUCAACCUCUCCAUCUUCGCCUGCUACCACCCCCGAGAGCUGCUGAGCAGUGGGGAGACCCUGCAGGGCUCGCUCUACUUCGUCUGCCUUCUCCUGGCCAGUGUUAAUGCCCUGGGCUUGUCCCCGGCCACCACGGCAGCCAUGUUCCAGUUGCAGGCCAUCGAGCGGGAGCACGGCCUGGGCGGGGAGGUGGGACUGGCGGCCCGGCGUGAGACGUACCAGCAGCUGCGGGAGAGGGACCCCAAGUACCAGGCCGCGCGGCAGACGUUCUUCAAACGCCACGGCCUGUCGACCCUCUGCAACCUCGUCUGCCUUGCCUGCAACGGAGUCAACCUGCUGUGCAUGGCGCUGCACCUCAGCAGCCUGUAGGCGGGGGCCCUGCCCGCGGGGAGGGGGCAGCGGCAUUGUCGUUGGGGGGCGGGGACCCACUCACUAGGUGGGACUUGAUUGAGCGAGGGGCUUGGCAGUCCCUGCCCCCACCGGGGUCUGAUUGGUGUCGCUUUCUAAGCCUGUAUCCCACGUCUGGCACCAGCUGGAUGUUCAUGUGUUGGGCGGGGCGGGGGACGCAACCGACUUGGUGACUCAGCAGUGCUUUUCCCUGUUCU